AUGGACUCGCUCCUUCAACUUCCACUUCGCCUCACCAGCUGGCUAGUCGCCGAGGCCACAUUCUCCGCCGGUUUUGUCCACUCGUUGUCAUCCCACGCGGUAUCGAUUGCCGAUCGAUUUUUCAUGGGCGGUCCGCUCGACCUUCGUGGCUACAAGUACUACUCAGUGGGUCCGUCAGAACCCCUGCUCACGCCGAAACCGGUCUACGUGGAUGCCCCAUUGAGAAGUGGUGAGGCGCAGGGCCCCACGUGUCCGGUGGGGGCAUUGGGAUCGUGGAUGGGCGGUCUCCACCUCUACUCACCACUACCCUUCUGGGGCGAAGCGAGGGAAUCUGUGGCCUCCCUCUUCAGACUCCACGCCUUCGCCAUGGCCGGAAGUCUCCUAGCAGAUCCCAUCAGAGCCUUCAAGGUAGCGCGCAACCAGGGCGGUCAACUCGAUCGAUUCCUGCAACUACUCGACUUCCAGCCUCGGUACGUUCUUGGCGCCGGUCUGAUCCUUCGAUUCGUCAAUGUCGCACGGCUGGAACUCAACUACUGCCUCCCAGUUAAUCCUCAACCGGACGAUGCUCCGCAAGCUGGUUUUCAGGUUGGCAUCGGACUGAGCUACAUGUGA